UGCGUACACGAUUUGAUUACGUCAUACUGGGGACUGCUGCCUUCGGGUGCCUGAAGCCAUGCAUAUAUCAAGCCGACGCCUUCUCGUGUCGCUCAAAUCAAAACCGCAUAGCUUGACAACAUUUCUUCCUGUCACAACAUCUGGAGCUCCACCACCCCCCACCUCUUUGCACCAGGGACUGCUUUCCCCCACACUUCUUUAUCCCUUGCGAGCGACAACAGAAAGGAAAGCCACCUCAUAUCGAUCAUGCCAGGCUCGAAUACCAUCACCGCUCUACGCGGCUUCAGGGUUCGACUAUCCACGCUAGACAAGUUUCUUGUCGCCAAUGGCAAGGCGCAUGGCGCAGAAAAUGGGUUCGCCCCCCUUUAUGACUUCGACAAGCCCGAAGGUCCCGAUGAGAUCAGCGCGAUACUUCGAGCGAAGGCGGGCGGCGGCAGCGGAAUUCUCUACGUUGUGCCAGCCGCUGAAGGCCAUGAUGUCACCCCUUACGUCUAUGUAGCCUACCAGUACCGUCACGUCUACUCUCAGCUGCGCAUUACUCCGCAAGACCCGCCUGAGCAACCGAUCCCAGCGGAAUUUGAGCAGCUGAGACAGGAGAUCCUCGGUUACAGGGACAGUGCAGGGGGUGGAGUAUCUCAGGGCUUUGACCAGGAAGAUGGGGUCAUGGGUCUGUACAUUGUGUACACAGAGGGCCGGUCGGCACCCAAUCCACCUGAGUUGCGAGAGCGAUACAAACAACCAAUUCAGUGCAACCAGUGUGAUGAGACUUUCAUAAGGUGGUCCGCUAGACAGUGGCACCUUGACAAAGUCCAUGGAAUUGAUGAGCCUUUGAAUUCACUCCCAGGGAAUGCAUAAUGCAUAACAGUCUCAGGUCUAUACCUUUUCAUGGGUCAGUGUUUUCGGAGAAAAUUAACUGUGCUGGCCGGUAUAGCCGGAUCUGGGCGAUAGGGUCUCUCUACACAAAUGUGUCUUCAAUGUUCGGUAACUGUCCCAUAGUUAUAGAUCCUAGUAUAGGUCAUCCACAAGGAGGUUCUUCUAUGGGUGCCUGUAAUAUAGCUCUUUAUCCCAUAGACAAUCAACAUACAGCAGAGGUUACACCAGA